GAGCUCCGACAAAGCAACUCGCCUUUCAAAUCACUAUGACGAUGCUCUUUUCUGCGACAAGUUACAUGACGGGGGGUUGCGUUGUGUGCUUUGAAGCAAGGACAGUCCGUCCUAUUGUUUGUUCCCGGUCGAGCCAAGCUGAAAGACGGACACAGCCAUCAAGUUCGAGCUUCUUCGCUGACAAUGUGAUUUUUUCGCCGCUGGAUUGUACAAAUGGUUUCGCUUCCCAUCCAUCCUCUUAUGGGCCAACUGAUAAGGGUAGGGCAGAACGAGUAAAGCAGCCACGAGAUCAACAGUACUUUUGUGUAUUCCGCCAGCAAACCCGGAAUCGAUACUAACAAUACAACACUAUAAUCAUACAAUCAUGUGGACCAGACCAUCCAGAGUCGCACCACCGCCUGCUGGAAAGCCCAACCAAUUCCAAUGCAUUCACGACCUGUCGGACGUGACGGUCAGAAAGCUGACCCGAUACCUCUAUCUUUCACAACGACACAGCACUGCCCAUCCUCCAGACUAUUGGCUACAAGGCCAAGAGCAAAGUCUGCACGAUCUUCCUAGCGACUGUCUCCGUCCAAGAGUCGACAACCUCAAUGUGGUCAACUUGGUCAAGCGUGGUCUAAUGAGCAUCAGCGAGAAACACCAACUGCCCUUUACGCCAAAAGCAGCUGUGCUCUGUUUAUCCCAUCGGGGCCUCAACUCGUGGACGAUCCACGCACUCUUUGCGCUAGUCACGAAAGAGGUCACGAAAGAGACGGAGCGACUGCGUCGAGACAGAGGCGGCAGAAAUCUGGAAUAUUCGGCUCCAAUCCAGGAGUUUCUCCACCGUCUGGACGCGAUACAAGCCUUGUGGAUGGACCCGCCGACGUUCGAGAUGGUCUUCGGUCGCCUGCCUGGUGGGCUUGAAAAGGUCGCGUCUCAGUGCGAGGCUUGCAUUCUGGCUGCCAUUGGGUCCCGCGAGUCCUUCCUCGGUGACCUCCGCGCCAAUCUGAUUGCUCGGACAGAAACGGAGAGACCGGUCCUCCAAAGGGUCGUGGAGUCCUGGCUUGCCUAUUUCCCGAUGGAAACACAACAGUCAAUCAACCAGGGCAGCUCGUUCUUGGCUGAAGAGAUCCGGGCCGUACGCAGAGAGAUUGUAGCGGCUCGGCAGAAAAGGCGUGAUGCCAAGCGGCAGCGGAGGGAACGCCGGACUCCGAACCUGUCGAGCAGGAGCAGCCAGGCGGUAUCUGUCCAGUCUUCUCAUCAGCUUUCUGCCACCGGGAGACAACCCGAAUCGAGCCAGCAGAGCCUCGUUUCCAAAGGGGAAGAUCUGGCUGCCGAUGUUGAUGACGGCAAUCAGCCGUGGGAGGAUGCUGUUGGAGGCUUUUACGAACGCUUGGCUGUUCAAAAUGGCAACGGGCAUGCGUUCGACCGCAAAUCGGUGCAUCCUGCCUUUAGCGAGUUGAACACUCAAGCCGAUCCUUUUCGGUCUCGGGCGUUUGAAACUGGGCUCGAGGUUGAACGCAGCGAACAAGACGCCAUCUGGGAAGAUGCGGUUUCGAACAGCGGUUCUCUCACAUCGUCAAGCCGGGAACCCGUGAUGCCGUCGUCUUCGACCAGACAGGAACAGCAGCCGAGCAACGCCACUCUCCCUCCGUCGAUGCUUCAAGACGAGCAGCGAGUCAGCAAUCGUUUCCGUAACGUAGCCACAAGCAGUGUAUUUCUGAACAAUGAGCCGGCUCAGGCUGUCCCCUCGCGCUCCGAGGCUUCCCCUACCACCCAACUGUACACCCGGCAUCGCAACGUAGCACCGAGCAGCAUCUACACGAACACUGACCCAGCCCGGCCCCAUCCUCCACGGACCGAUGUGGCUGCCUCUGCCGCCCGGUCUCAAUUAGGGCUAUCGGGCUCGGUUAACAACAGUGACCCCGCGCGCCGCUCUCGCCCAGACGCGGCAGUAAGUAACCCCUCCUCCAGGCCUCAGGAUAACAGACCCGUAAUACAGGAUCAUCCGACAACAGACCCCCCUCGCUGGCCUGGCCCGAGCCCGCACAACGAUCCGAACCGGCGCGCUGUCGACGAUGAGAGACUGAUGCGGAUGGGACAACAAGGUGAGAUCGUGGAACGGAUGGGAUUUAUGGAGUACUACGAGAACAAGCGGAAGCCCAAGCCCAUACCCCCUUCGGGACGCCGGAUGCACUACGGGGCGCAGUCGACUUCCGCGUCGCUGCAGCCUCGGCCUUUCAUCUCUCGUACGCCGUCUGCUCCACCCCCCGUCCCUGGAUCGGUUAGGAACCCUACUCUCGACGAGGUGCACCACAUGGCGGCGGCACGGGGUUCCGUUGCGCUCAGCGACGUCUCCACCCUCUGGCCUCACGACUCCAUCACUAGCGUCGGUAUGCCCAAAUAGGUUUCUGGCUUAUGAAAGAUUCACUGGCGUUUCCAUGGUCUGGCUUGGUGUCCCUUUUUGGAGGGGAACGGAUUGUAAGUAGACGACGGUAAGUCUCGUAGAGAUGGUUCUUUUAGUCGGAGGAACAUUCAAUUCCAUGUCACUC